CCAAUAUUAACUCCGGCAGUUGUGGCCUCUCCUCUUCUCUAGUGUAAAUCGGUAGUUUUUUUUUCUACUCUAAUUUAUGGCGAUCCCAGCUGCCAUUGUUGUUUUGCUAUUGGGCAUUCUGUUCUUCUGUUCUGGGCUCGCCGUUAGCAUAAUCCAGGCAUUGUGCUAUGUGCUGAUAAGGCCUCUUUCAAAGAGCACUUACCAGAGGAUAAGCCGGCUGGUUGCUGAGCUAUUAUUGCUCGAGCUCGUGUGGCUGAUCGACUGGUAGGCUGGUUUCAAGGUAAAGAGCAUGCACUUGUCAUGUGCAACCAUUGAUUGGCUUGUUGGAUGGGUUUUGGCUCAGGGUUUUGUCACAGCAGUAAGUCGCAGGCGAUCAUUUGUUCCUGCUAUAUAUGAUGUAAAGGUUUCUAUUCCCAAAGCAUCUUCUCAUCCAACCAUGCUCAGGCUUUUCAAAGGACAGUCUUCAGUGGUUCAUGUACACCUCAAUCGACACUUGAUGAAGGAUUUGCCAGAAACUGCUCAAUGGUGUAGAGAUGCCUUUGUGCUUCACUUCUACCCAGUCACUAUUCAGUAUUUUGCGUUUUCUUUAUAUGACUUGACCUCAUCGAGAAAAUUGAUCAACCUCAUAAAGUCGUAAUCUGAUUCUCUAAACAGGACAAGCAUAUAGCUGAGGGCUCCUUUGGUGAAUGACUGCAAGACACUGGGCGUCCGGUGAAGUCCCUUUUGGUAAUCACUCGAACACGUCCUACUUUUAUGGGCUCUUAACUCUCUAUCAAGCAGAUAUAGAUUUAGUUCUCGAAAGCUGAAAUGUCGACCCCUGCCAGAGCGGGAGAAGCCUCGACCACAGAGCAAGAAAGAGCAUGCGUCUCUCACUAAUCAUCCUGAUCCAGCUGAGUUAUCUCAUCCAUUUUAUAUCUGUAAUUUUUUUAACAGUUAACAUAUGCAUGUGCUUGAAAUUCUAAUAUGGCUGUAUGCAAACACAAUUCAGCGAUCUUGUCAUGACUUGGGAGAAAAACUUGGGUUUAAAUUCAUAUGUUAAUUUAACUGUGAUGUGAUACAGGGCCAAAUUUUGUGGUGAAAGCAAAGAGGGAGUUUCUUGUUUUUGUCUAAUUUUCUCUCUUGCUCUCUAAAAUGUUAUGUGAACAUGCGAGCUUGGAUUCUUAAUUUUUUGUUUAGUGGGAACAAAUUUUUGAUGAAUGAAUAUGAGUAUAUUGGGCUUUUUGUAACAUUCAAGAAAAGAAAUACAUUUGAUGGAAAGUCAGGUAGUGAAAAUUUCAUUUUAUUUUGUUUUAAUCUGAAUGCAUUAAACACAAUUUGUAGUAAAAUCAACACCUUUAUAAAAAUUGAAAAUGGUAAUAACAUUAUAUCAAUAUUUCAAGUAAUAUGACACAGAUCAAGUAAAUUAAGUGAAGCAAUACUUAUGAAUUUCGUAUAAUAAUGAAAUUAGUCAACUAAUACUUUUCUAGUGAGAAGAGGAUAAAUUUUCAAAUAAGAAAUCACUGGAAACAAAUACCUAGAAAUUAUAGGGGUGCCUCUGCAAUUAAGAUAAAACGAAGAAUAAGUUUAUUAAUUUACAAAUAUGCCCCUCGUAUAUUUACGUACAUAUAUAGGUCCUCGGACCUCACAGUCAGCGAACUCCAUUUUUCGACUGUGAUUUUUGCCCUAAUUUAGGGUCGUGUAGAGAAGUCGAUCAAUCUCGAAUUUCAUAGUGUUUUUGCUGCAUUUUUGUUGAAUAUCGCGUGAAAAAAGAUUGAUUGAUAGCAUUUUAUAUAUUUUUACAUAAAAAAGUAGAAGAGAAAUGAGUCGAAGCUUAGGGAUUCCGGUGAAGCUGCUGCACGAGGCGUCUGGGCAUGUGGUGACGGUGGAGCUGAAGAGCGGAGAGCUCUACCGUGGGAGUAUGAUCGAGUGCGAGGACAACUGGAAUUGCCAGCUCGAAAACAUCACUUACACUGCCAAGGAUGGGAAGGUCUCACAACUCGAGCAUGUUUUCAUUAGAGGCAGCAAAGUCAGGUUCAUGGUCAUCCCAGAUAUGCUUAAGAAUGCUCCCAUGUUCAAGCGUUUGGAAGCUAGAAUUAAGGGCAAGGGUUCAUCUCUUGGAGUAGGACGUGGGCGUGCUGUUGCAAUGCGAGCCAGAGCUCAGGCUGCUGGUCGAGGAGCGCCUCCCGGUAGAGGCUCUGCACCACCAGUACGUAGAUGAUCAUAUUCUGGCAACUGGUAUUGAAUGCUGCUGUGAAGCGGGAGUAUCCAUUGUUGUCAUAUGAGCUAUACUUGGUCUUUGCUUUCUACUUUCCCUUUGUCUUAAAUCUUAAUGUGAACUUGCUAUGAGAGGUCUCUGUUUUCGGAUUUAUUUGAGUUGUAGUUUCAUAGUUA